AAUAAGAAAAGGAAGAGAACAAUGGUUGAAGUAGCAGAUGAUGAUUUUUAUUUACCCGAUGAAUGUUGGGAACUUGUAUUCAAAUUCCUCAUCAAAUACGACUAUGAAGAAAACAACCACAAUCACUGCUUCAAAUCUCUAUCUCUCGUCUCCAAACAGUUUCUCUCCAUCACCAACCGUCUCCGAAACUUUCUCAUUAUCAAAUCACUAACAGGCCCAUAUCUUCCUUCCCUCUUCCGUAGAUUCCCCAACCUCACCUCCCUCAGUAUCUCGAGUGAGUACCUCGACAACCUUCUCUGCCAAAUCUCUACUUUCUCACUCAAUGUCACAUGGCUCCAUCUCCGCAACGUAUUCCCAUUUCCCACUAAUGGGUUGCGAGCUUUCUCGCAAAACAUUACAACUUUAACCUCUCUCAUAUGUUCACACGCUUGGCUUCUUAAUACCGCCGACAUGUUCCUCAUUGCUGAUUGUUUUCCCAAUUUGAAGCUACUUGAUUUGAACCGUUGCUUAGACCUUUGUGAAGUAGGUACUAAUUAUGUUUUGAGGAGAUGUUGUAACAUUGAGUAUUUGAGCUUAGCCUAUUGUAUGGGAUUGAAGAUAUCCGAAAUCAACUUUGAACUUCCCAAAUUGAAGAUGUUGAACUUGACAUACACAAAAGUUGAUGAUGAAAUAUUAUAUGUGAUCUCAAAGGGUUGUCAUGGGCUUUUAAAACUGUUACUGAGUAAUUGUUAUUAUAUCACAGAAAAUGGAGUGAAACAUGUCGCUGAAAACUGCACAAAACUUGGAGAGAUCAAUUUAAGCGGUUGUGAUAGAGUGCAUCGCAACAUCGUUCGAUCAAUGAUAUCUAUAAGGCCAUCAUUGAAAAAGAUAACAGCUCCACCUUCUUUUCGUUUCAGUAAAAAAAAUGGGAGACCCAUCUUGUAUCAUGGAUGCAUAAUUGUGACGCCACACCGAAGGGAGUGAAGCAUGUGGCAGAAAACUGCACAAAACUAAGAGAGAUCAGUGUAAUUCGUUGUGAUAGAGUGCAUUCUGAUGUAGUUGGAUCUAUUGUAUCGUCGAGGCCAUCAUUGAGAAAGAUAACAGCUCAGCCUUUAUUUUCAUUACAAUGAAAGAAAUUAAAUUAGAAAUUCUUCUUGCAUCAUCAAUGCUUUGUUUUAAAUGUCAACUUAAAAAUGUGUAUUUACUCAUAAAUUUGUGUAAUUGCCUAAGUAAUACAAGCAGUUGCAGUUUUUUUUUUUUUUGUGUUGUUUCUCAUCACUUUGCCUUGUGUCAUACUUAUUGCAGCCGUCAUUAGCAGUAUCGGUUUUGCAAACUUUCUGUAUCACACUAU